AAAGUGUUGUUGUAUAUCGAAAGUUGCGUCAUAGGGACAACGUGCGAACGUAAAGAUGGAGGAAUACGCUAGAGAACCUUGUCCGUAUCGUAUCGUGGAUGACUGCGGAGGCGCAUUUGCAAUGGGAGCUAUUGGKGGUGGAAUUUUCUCMCUUGUCAAAGGAUGGAGGAACUCGCCGGUUGGUCAUAGAUUGUAUGGUAGUAUAGCUGCAGUCAAGACAAGGGCACCWGUAUUAGGGGGUAAUUUUGCAGUCUGGGGUGGAUUAUUUUCAACAUUCGACUGUUGUUUAAUGGGAUUACGAGGCAAAGAGGAUCCAUGGAAUUCAAUUGGCAGUGGUGCUAUUACAGGCGCCGUUUUAGCAGCUAGAGGUGGUCCAUCGGCAGCUGUAAGAUCAGCAGCUAUUGGUGCAGUAUUACUAGCUUUAAUAGAAGGUAUAGGAAUAUGUAUUACAAGAAUGACAGCCGAUCAAUUUAAACAAGUUAUGCCACAACCUCCUGAUCCAAUGCAACUUCCUCCAAAGCYCAUCACUCCAGCACCCCAACCAUUACCAUCAUCAGAGUUUGACCAACAGCCACAAUACCAAUAAACAGAACUCAUGUCAGAUUUAACAGCUUGYUGUACAUUAGAUGUAGAAAGAGCAGAAAACUAUACUUUUCUGUAAACUAAGUUUUAUAUGAUUUUAAAGUUGGACAAGAAAUUCAAGUUCACUUCAAAAUCUUCAUGCUGUGGAUGGAUGAAGAUGAAUGUACAUGUACAAUAAAUGAGACAUUGUUUGGUAGAAGUCUUAUGGAAAGGAAGUUGGAAGAAAUUGGAAGUGACAUAUACAAUAUAAGGGAUACUGACAAUGAUUCUGUAACAAAUGAAGAGUAUAGAUGUUGUACUUAUAUUACAAUAUGUCUCUUUUGGCCAUUAUCACAUCCAGACAAUUAUGGUUUCUAGUCCGAUUUCUUUUUGGGCUUGGCAAACUGCUUUCUUGGUGACCAGAAAUUGUCAACAACUUUUCACAAGGACAAAUUGGAAUGCAAUUUUGAUUGCAAGGGCUUCAUCAGUACUUACUAACAAUUAAUAUUGUUAUUAACCUGUUUACUUUAUUUGUUUUUCAAAUAACACUUGCUUUAUUAUGCAAAGUAAAUGUAAAAAAAAUAUCACAACUGUACAUGUAUAUUACAUAUUGGUCUUUAUUAUUGUAAAACUAGCAAUUGGUUAAUUUAUAUUAUUAAAUCAUUUAAGUGCUU